CGAUCGUAACAUUUUCUUUUAGUUUUCCUUUGCAUAGGGUCAAGGAAAUGGAAAACGGUAACUGUAUUUCACAUGACGAUGAUAUUCGCUCGAUUAGUAAAAAACAAAAUGAGACGAAAAAAGAGUUGGAAUAUUCUGAUUAUUUGAAAUUAGAAAAAUUGUUAUCGGCUCAAUCAAUGAGAAGUGUCGAAUUUAAUCAACCAGCUCAUCAUGAACAUCUUUUCAUUAUUACUCAUCAAGCAUAUGAAUUGUGGUUCAAACAAAUCAUUUUUGAAUUAGAUUCGUUGAGAGAUAUGUUCAAAAUUAGCAAAAUUGACUACGAAAAUCCUCAUGAAAUCAUAAAGAGACUCCAUAGAAUUGUUCUAAUUAUGAAGCUUUUGAUCGAACAAAUAAAUAUUUUGGAAACGAUGACGGCUUUAGAUUUUUUAGAAUUUAGAGACUUGUUAUGCCCGGCUUCUGGUUUUCAAAGUUGGCAGUUUCGAUUGAUUGAAAAUAAAUUAGGUUUGUCAAAGGAUGACAGGGUUCAGUAUCAAAAAGAUUUUAUGAAUCAGUACCAUACCAGCAGUGCGGCCUACCACUCUCUCAAGCAAUCAGAAACUGAACCAAGUUUACUAUCUUUAGUUCAACAAUGGCUCGAGGAUUUUCCUUGGCGAGUUACGGAUUCAAUGAAUUUCGAAGUUUCGUAUAAAACGGGAGUACAGCAGUUCCUUAAAGAUGAACGUUUCAACGGAUCGGAUUGCUGCCCUUCCAAUGGUAUACAGUCAACACGAUUUAAGAAUAAAGAGCUUCUGUUCAAUUCACUUUUCGAUAAUAAUGUUCACGAACAACUGAUCAAACAAAAAGAAAGAAAAUUAUCUCGAAAGGCGAUUCUAGGCGGGAUUAUUAUUUUGAUGUAUCACAACGACCCACAAUUCCGUGCAGCCUAUCAAAUAAUUAAUUUAAUAGUCGAUGUUGAUCUUCAUUUAACCAAGUGGCGCACGAACCACAUGUUAAUGGUUCAAAAAAUGAUUGGUAGUCAAGUUAUUGGCACCGGAGGCUCGUCAGGAUACCAUUAUCUGCGUCUAACGUUGAACGAUCAAUACAAGAUAUUCGGAGACUUGGCCAAUUUACCAGCUUAUUUAAUUCCUCGUUCAUAUUUACCCUCGUUAGAGCCGAUUAAAAAAAUCAAGACCAAUUCAAGAGAUUUUUAACAAUCCGUAAAAUCAUACUAUUACAAUAAUUUACUACACAAACUGCUCUACAACGAAGAUUACAAUACAAACAAAAAACACUUAUUUUACAAACUUAUUUACACUACAACAUUGUAAUAACAAUAAUUUAUACAAUAAAGUUUAACAAUAAUAGCAUGAAAUUACAAAAUACAUUUUUUUCAAUUCUUCCUUAA